AUGAUGAAAGUCGAGUUCGCCGAGAUUCUGCUCCCGUCUAAGGGCAUCGCCGAGGAUGUUGAGUUCUGGACGUCUCCCACCCCGGGUCUUGGCUUCCGCAUGGAUCAGAUCUAUCCGGCCGAUGACCCACAGGUCGUCACUCUGAGCGGGCAUGGGUUGCGGUUGCGUCUCGACAAGUCAGCCGCGAGCACAGCUCCAGGCACGGUUCGCCUUCUGUGCAGCGAACUCGACUCUCAAUUGCAAUCGCGCGAGCUGGCGUCACCAUCAGGCACGCGAGUCGAAUUCGUUUCCGCCAAGGAGCCUAUGUCACGGCCUCCCACGAAGCAUGCCUUCAUCUCCUGUCGGUUGAAAGACAAUGCGCCGUGGGUUGUGGGUCGUGCGGGGAUGCAUUACCGCGACCUGAUUCCGGCACGCCUCGGCGGUGCCAUAAUUGCCUCGCACAUCCGCAUCCCCGAUGCAGGACCCGUGCCGGACCACGUGCACUAUCACACCGUCGGCUUCCAGCUCAUCUACUGCCAUGCCGGCUGGGUGCGUCUUGUGUACGAAGACCAGGGAGAGCCGUUUAUUCUGCGAGCUGGCGACUGCGUCAUUCAGCCGCCGCAGAUCCGGCACCGCGUGCUCGAGUCCUCGGGAGGUCUUGAGGUUGUCGAGGUCGGGGUGCCCGCUGAGCACCUCACCACGAUCGACCACGAGAUGGAGUUGCCGACGCCACACCAUCGCCCAGAUCGCGAGUGGGACGGCCAGAAAUUUGUGCAUAGUCGGCUAGAAGACGCCGUCUGGGGUUCUUGGCGCAUGCCAGGCUUUGAAGCCCGAGACACUGGCGUUGAGGAGGGCACCAAGGGGGUUGCUGCUGUACGCGUUAUCCGCCCUGUUGCGGGAGAAACCCAGGCAAUAUCAGCGACAAGCCAUGAUUCGGAUAUACUGUUUACCUUCGUGCUCUCCGGCUCGUGCACCCUGUGCGGUGAGGGUCAAGGCUCCCAAAUCCUUAGUGAAGGAGACGCCUACACCCUGCCACCCGGUCUCAAGACUUGUGUGAUCGAUUGCUCGGCGGAUCUAAGCUUGCUAGAGGUCUCAUUGCCUGGUCACUUUAAUACAACAGUACAUCCUCAGGACAAGCUACCAGCCUAA